UAUAACGUUAUGAAUUUGGUUUUCAUCUUCGAAAUAGUAAUAUGAAAGCACAUUUAUUUCUAACAUUGUUAUUAUUUUGUGUGUUUGUUACUAUAAGCAUCAAUCUGAAGACAUUUAUGUUCAAAAAUGAAUAUCAUAGAAUGAAGGAAAUAUUUAACAAGUAUUUUAACAAAAAUAUUGGAGUAAAUUCGUAUGACAAAAUAUUCUGGGAAAAAGGUUAUAAUGACAAAAUUUAUGAAAAAACAUGUUUUCGUCUUUCGUGGAAUCAAUCACUUUAUCGGAAUACAAAACAAUACGGCAGUACACUAGAAGGGCAAAGUAAAUUUAGCAUUUUGAGUAAUCCAAUCAAAUCAUGCAACAGAUAUAUUACAAUUUGGAAAUCGUGCGGAAGAAUGGGUAAUCAAAUGUUUCAAGUUGCAUCUGUUAUUGGAAUUGCUUACCAAUAUGAUAUGAUACCCGUUUUCCCAAACCAAAUGCUUUAUACAUAUUUCAAUUUACCUAAUAAAUAUGAUCAAAAUUACCAACAUGUUGAGAAUAGCACCAAUUGCUUAUGUUCUAAAACGGCCACCUUUCAUUCUUGUAAGGAAUCAUGGAAUUCAACAAGAAACGUAACUAUGCAAGGAUUACUUCAGUCAUGGAAGUAUUUUGAAAAUGCAAAGAGUAUAAUAAGAACCAUUUUUAGAUUGAAUCACGUACAUAACCGGAACGCAAAAGAAUUUUUGGAUAAAGUUACGACAAAUAGUUUUCAGCAUAUAUGUAUACAUGUAAGACGGGGAGAUUUAUUGCGAGAGACGUAUAAAAAAUACAGUGUACCAGAUGCCGGCUUUGUUAGAAGAGCAAUGGACUUCUAUUUAAAGACAUUCCAAAACGUUGACUUUAUCAUUGUAUCACAGGAUAAAUUUUGGUGUAAAAUGAAUAUCAAAAAUGUCCCAAUAAGUCCAUUUGUAAAUGCUGGAGAUGAUAUGGCAUUAAUGAGAUUGUGUGACCAUGUGAUAGUUACAGCAGGUACAUUUGGAUGGUGGGGUGCAUGGCUUUCUGGUGGCAUAACUGUUUAUUACAAAGGAUAUCCUGGUCAUAAUUUGUCAAACAGGUUUAACUUAUUUGACUACUAUCCGUCGCAUUGGGUCGGUCUUUAAAGUCUUAUUUUGCGAUUUUUAUCAAUGAUUUUAUUGCAAUAUGCAUAACCAGUUGUGCCUUUUAUGAUAACGUGAAACAACAUUAUUGAUAAGAUGGGGCAAGCUAAAUGUAAAUAUGAGAAGACGUGCAAAAAUGUUUGAGUUUAAUCAAGAUAUAUCGUACACAUGGGUAUACAUUAGUGAGAAAUGCACGCGACGUUACCAAACCUACGAAAUAUUGAAGAUAUAAUUGCGUCACCCUAACCCUAACCCUAAGGAGAAAUUUAAUAUAUAUUCAACUUGCCUAAAUAAGUUAACCUUACAAGCUCUUUUUCAUGCAAUGGCUAUAACGUGUCACAUUAAAGUUUCCAUGAUAACCGCCAAAUAGACAAAUCUUCGAUGUUCAAAAUUCAAAAUUUUACCAGGUUGUGUUAAAUGUUGAAUUGUCCUUGAGUCGAUGCUAGGGGAUAUGAACGGUAGCUUGCAAUUAC